UCUUACACGCGCUAGGCAUAGACAUCAAGCGGUUUGGGUAGCAUUGUACAAUUGUUUACGUCUUACUGAACACGGAGAUAAGUAUUUUGAAAAUGUUAUCAACUAACGAGCUCGUGUCUGUUGGGACAUUUCAAGUGCUUAAAUUACCUCUUGGAUUUAUCCGCGUUUUGGAAUGGCUUUUUUCCAUUUUUGCAUUUGCAACAUGUGGAGGCUACAGUGGACAGCUGCGGGUUAGUGUGGACUGCCAGCUUGACAAGGCCAGCAGCAACCUCAGUAUUGGCAUCGAUUUUGCCUAUCCUUUUAGGUUGCACCAGGUGACCUUCGAGGCUCCGCUGUGUGAGGGGAGGAGGAGGGAGAGGCUCUUCCUCAUUGGGGACUACACUUCCUCGGCUGAGUUUUUCGUCACCAUCGCUGUGUUUGCCUUCCUCUACUCCUUCAUGGCCACCAUAGUCUACAUCUUCUUCCAGAGCAAGUACCGCGAGAACAACCGAGGCCCUCUUAUCGACUUUAUAGUGACCGUGGUGUUCUCCUUCAUGUGGCUGGUCAGUUCUUCAGCCUGGGCUAAAGCCCUGUCGGACAUCAAGGUGUCCACAGACCCAGAUGAGGUGCAGGAGCUGAUGUCUGCCUGUAAGGUCAUGACCAACAAGUGUGGCUCAGUGCAAGGACCCCGCUGGUCAGGCCUCAAUACCUCUGUGGUGUUUGGCUUCCUAAACUUUGUCCUGUGGGCAGGAAACAUCUGGUUUGUCUUCAAGGAGACUGGCUGGCAUAAAGGAGGACCAGCUCGGUACGCUGGAGCGCCUCCCGAAAAACAGGCUGAGACAUUCAACCAGCAGCAGCCCUACAACCAGGGCAGUAUUGACCAGUCAGGAGGCUACAGCGCCCAGGGAGACCUGGAGCAGGUGUCAGAAUACAGUCCUGUGGGAGGACCCACCUCCUACUCCAAUCAGAUGUAGCCUUGCAGUCUGAUUGGCACACUGAAGGGGGGGGUUUGAUCCUCAGAUGCAUCACAUUGUUGGUGUCCAGUUUGUGCAAAACCAUAAAAAAGAGUGUCCAAAUUAACUACAUGCAGUUCUUAGGUGGAAAUAUUCCGGUGCCAGAAAAAGUAAGUUGUCGAUUGGUACAGUUAUCACACGUAAGUAUUUUGGAGUAUUGUACAUAAAACUAGAUUUUGGUUACGUUUUUAGAUGUGUUGUUGUCCUGAAUGUUGUAUUGCCGGUGGGUUGAGUCUGUUUACAGUUUCUCUUUUUCUGUGCUAGGUGCUAUGCCACAGACCUUUUUAACUGGACGUCUUUUUCGUCGUGGAAGAGAAAUGUGGUCUACAAUUGUAUCAUUCUUGAAGUUUCCUACAUAGUGUUGACAAAGUGCAUGCAAUUGUGCUAUGUGUUACUAUGCCUGUUUGUGCACAUUCUAUUUACGAAACCGGCAGGAUUUCAUCUCAGAUUUACAGUAAGGUAUCAGCAGUAGUUUUACUUCACAUCUUAAUCAUUUGCAUUUUAUUUCAUAGUCCUUUAUACUAUAUAUUUUGAUAACAAUUUAUUAUUAUCUAAUAUAUACA